UUGGAGAAAUUAUUAAAGAAAUUACGAAGGAUUUGAAAGAUCGUAAGCCUAAAUCAUCUUACGAAUCAAAUGACAUGCCACUGCAACAACGUGACUUUAGAGAGGCGACGGUUAAAAUUAAAGAAACCGCAGUAGCUAAUGUUAGGAGAAAGAGAAGCAAUUCGAAUUAUUGGUGUAUCGUCAGCGCAGGAGCCCCCGGGAUAGGAAAAACUCGAUUUGGAAUAGAACUUUUUGAUUACAUCAAAAACCUCCAGAAGAAUGGGGCGAUGUACAUUUUGAAUAUCUCUAUAUGAAUUUCGGGAAUGGUUUUUACCUUAGUGGAUAUGACAGCGAACUUAAAUUAGAGGUAAUUCUUGGAUUGUGGAUUGCUUAUGCAUUCUUCAUUGAAAAAAAAUACGACACCACAUUCCAAGUGUUCCGCUCUAGAGCUCUUCAGUACGGCAAAGAUAUUUUCAUUUUUGAUUCCGUCAUUUAUUAUUACUAUGAAUCUUUGAAGUUCUCCAACAAUCAAAAAUUAUUCUUGUAUCUUCAUAUUGAUGAAUUUCAAAUGAUUGAUAAAUGGGGUGCACAAAAUAAAACAAACCAAUUCUUUGGGAAUAUGAUCCGUUGCAUUACAAAAUUCACGACUGAAGAAUAUUCUACUUUUAUACAACCAUUCCUCUCAGGAACAGCACCACGAGCUAUUGCUAAACAAAGAGAAGUUACGGGUAUCUCAUUUCAGUUUGUUGAUUGUCCAUUAUUGGACAUUAAAUCGAUGAUUCUAAUUAUGGACCAUUUUGCGACAA